AUGAUCGCCAUUGGUGUUUAUAAUGACCGCUACGGAACCAUGAACGAGCUCGAUGCUGGUGGAGAAGGGGAGCUGAAGCAAGGCCUGACGUCCAGACAUAUUCAGAUCUUUGCGUUGGCUGGUAUCAUCGGAACAGGUUUGUUUGUUGGUUCCGGGUCUGCUCUGAGUGCUUCGGGCCCCCUGGGUCUCUUGAUCUCGUACAUUGUGCUGUCGUGCGUUGUCUACUUCAUCAUGAAUGAGCUGGCAGAGAUGGUGACUCUUUUUCCAAACGGUGGUGGUGCUAUACAUACGCUGGCAAAGCGUUAUGUCGACGGAUCGCUCAGUUUCGCCACUGGUUGGCUCUACUUCUACAACUACGCCAUUCUGGUGCCAGCAGAAAUCUCUGCUGCCACCAUCGUUAUCAAGUACUGGACUGAUUCGGUCAAUGUGGCCGUCUGGAUCACGAUCAUGACUUUUGUUGUGAUCAUGCUGAACACGUUGGCCGUUAAGUUCUAUGGUGAAACUGAGUUCUGGCUGGGUUCCAUCAAACUGAUUGCAAUUGCCUGUUUGAUCAUCGUUGGUAUUGUUAUCUUCUUUGGUGGUGGUCCGGCUCAACACCAUGUGUUAGGGUUCCAUUACUGGAAGCACCCUGGGCCGCUGGUGAACCACUUGCAUUUGAAGAAUGAGAACACUGGUCGGUUUUUGGAUAUCUGGACAGCAAUCAUUAAGUCUGGGUUUGCUUUUGGUUCUGGACCAGAAUUCUUCGUCAUUACGACGUUAGAAGCUCAAGAUAGAAGAAGAAAUCUGAUCAAAGGUACUAGAAGAUACAUUUGGAGAUUGAUUUUGAUCUAUUGCUUUUCGGUCAUAGUUAUUGGUGUGAUUGUUCCUUCGAACAAUUCCAAGUUAACAAGCGGGGAGUCGAACGCCAAUGCUUCUCCUUUUGUCAUUGGAAUUCAAUUAGCUGGAAUCCGAGUACUGAACCAUAUCAUCAAUGCUGCUAUAUUGACGUCUGCCUUUUCUGCGUCAAACUCCUUCUAUUUUGGAGCUUCACGUGUCUUGUACGCUUUGGCAAAAGACGGUAAUGCUCCAAAGUUCUUGUUGACGACAAAUAGAUAUGGAACUCCGUACUUCUGUACCACGUUUGUCGGUCUGAUCUCUUUGAUAGGCUACUUGAAUGUCUCCAGUGGCUCUUCUCAAGUUUUCACUUGGCUGACCAAUAUCAGCACCAUUGCGAGCUUCAUUGGCUGGCUUAUUAUUGGAGCCAUAUACCUGAGAUUUAGAAAGGCCAUGGAAUACAAUGACAUGUGGGAUGUUAUGCCUGUUAGAACCAUCUGGCAACCAUAUGGGGCUUAUGUCACCACUGUGUUCGUCGCUCUCCUGACCCUGACUAACGGGUAUGCCAUCUUUAUGAAGGGCAACUGGUCUAUUUCUUCAUUCAUGGCCGCUUAUGUCACCAUUGGUUAUUUCCUCGUCUUUUACAUUGGUCAUAAGGUUUGGACAAGAAAUUGGAGGCUAUUUUAUAAGGUUGAAGAUAUCGAUGUUACCACUGGACUACAGGAAGCUGAGGAAGAGGCCAGAGAAGCUGAACUGCUUUAUAAGAGUAACCCUCCAAGAAACAUAUUCGAAAGAUUUUCAAACUGGUUGUUUUAAUUGAGUUCAAUACAUAUUCAU